AGCAGCCUCCCGCCCGCGCACAACUCCUCUCCGCUCUGCACCAGAAAGGAGCAUUCUCCUCUCUCCCUCGUUUUCAUAUCCUCUCCCUCUCGCUCUCUCUCGCUCUAUCUCUCUCUCUUUUUCUGUCAGUUAGUGUGUCCUCAGAAUGAGGUUAGCGGCACCAGCAGCAGCAUCAGCAGUAGAUAGAGACAGCAGAGGAACAGUUACUGCAGCAGCCAGGAGAGGCUGUCCUUCAGCCGUGCACCAUCUACCGCUGCAUUCACCCCUGCCCUGAGAACGCAACGCUCAUCCCUGUGCUCUCUUUCUGUGCCUCUCCCUGCUCCUCCCUCACCUUCUGUCCUCCUUGAAUUCGUCUCCUGAAUUCACCCCCCACCCCUCUCUCUUCCUCUCUUUCUCCAUAGCAGUGAUGGGGGAGACCACCAUGUAGAGACAGAGAGGCAGCGGAGGCAACAGCAGAAUAGCAGCAAUGGGAAGCCACACAUGGAGCGGGUCUGGACUGCAGCCGUGGUGAGCCUGAGACCGACAGGACUUGCAUCUACCAUCACUGCCCUUCUCAGGACCUGACCACUGGGGCUGUCCAGUGCUUACCUGGAUGCUCCCCACUUGUGUUUUUUCAUCCCCUCCUCUUCCUCUCCUCUGCUGCUCUCUCUUCUCUUCUUCUUUUUCUUCUCUGAUGGUUUUUUGUCUGCUGAAAUCUGUCUUUCCUGAAACAGAGAAGCUGCUCAUCAAUUUAUCCCCACGGAUUUUUUCCGCUUUUUAAUCCCUGUAUCUGCUUACUUUUCUUUGAAGAGAUUUUUUUUUCUCAUUUUGUUGCUGUUGCCUCAUUCACACCUAUUUUGGAUUUUUUUUUUCUUGGAAGAGACUGAGCUCUCUUGUGAAAGCUUUUGUUUGAUCUAUAAGCAAUAAGAAACACUAAUCUAACUGACUUAACUAGCUGACAUCAUGGGAGACAUGUCCAACAGCGAUUUUUACGCCAAGAACCAAAGAAAUGAGGGCAACCAUGCAGCAGCCUUUGGCUGCUCGCUCAUGGAGCUGCGCUCGUUGAUGGAGCUGCGUGGAACAGAGGCGGUGGUCAAGCUCCAGGAGGACUCCGGGGGAGUAGAAGGACUGUGCAAACGACUGAAAACCUCACCCACAGAAGGUCUUGCAGGUGCCCAAACUGACCUGGACAAGAGGAAAGAAAUAUUUGGUAAAAACCUGAUACCUCCAAAAAAGCCAAAAACCUUCCUGCAACUGGUAUGGGAGGCCCUGCAGGACGUUACCCUCAUCAUCUUGGAGAUCGCUGCCCUGAUCUCCCUGGGUCUCUCUUUCUACCACCCUCCCGGGGAGACUGGCGGAGAGUCCUGUGGCGCAGCAGCAGGUGGAGUGGAAGAUGAGGGUGAGGCAGAUGCUGGCUGGAUUGAGGGUGCCGCUAUCCUGUUGUCUGUAGUGUGUGUGGUGCUGGUGACGGCCUUCAAUGACUGGUCAAAGGAGAAGCAGUUUCGUGGGCUGCAGAGCCGCAUUGAGCAGGAGCAGAAAUUCCAGGUGGUCCGUGGUAGCCAGGUCAUCCAGCUGCCUGUGGCUGACAUAGUGGUGGGGGAUAUCGCACAGAUCAAAUAUGGUGAUCUGCUUCCUGCUGAUGGUGUGUUGAUCCAGGGUAAUGACCUGAAGAUUGAUGAGUCAUCACUGACCGGAGAGUCUGACCACGUCAAGAAGUCUGCAGAUAAGGACCCAAUGCUGCUGUCUGGGACCCAUGUGAUGGAGGGCUCGGGCCGCAUGGUGGUGACGGCUGUCGGUGUCAACUCUCAGACUGGAAUCAUCUUUACACUGCUGGGGGCUGGUGUGGAGGAAGAGGAGAAAAAGGAGAAGAAAGACUGCUCCCAUCCCCCUAUCCACCCCAUCGCAACUAUAGCCACGGAUGGGGCUGCAGGCAUUAAUGCCCCUGGCAGUGCCAGCCUAAUUAAUGGUAAAAUGCAAGAUGGCAAUAUGGAGAGCAACCAGAUUAAAGUGAAGAAGCAGGAUGGAGCAGCUGCCAUGGAGAUGCAGCCUCUAAAGAGUGCUGAAGGUGGAGAGGCUGAUGAGAAAGAGAGGAAGAAAGUGUCAGCUCCGAAGAAAGAGAAGUCUGUGCUGCAAGGGAAGCUGACCAAACUGGCUGUCCAGAUUGGCAAAGCAGGUUUGCUCAUGUCAGCCAUUACAGUCAUCAUCCUGGUCCUGUACUUUGCCAUUGACAACUUUGUGAUGCAGAAGCACCCUUGGAUGCCUGAGUGCACUCCUAUCUACAUCCAGUACUUUGUCAAGUUCUUCAUCAUUGGUGUAACUGUUUUGGUGGUGGCUGUCCCAGAGGGACUGCCGCUGGCUGUCACCAUCUCCUUGGCUUAUUCUGUUAAGAAAAUGAUGAAAGACAACAACCUGGUGCGUCACUUGGAUGCAUGUGAAACAAUGGGCAACGCUACAGCCAUCUGCUCUGACAAGACAGGCACGCUAACCACCAACCGCAUGACAGCUGUGCAGUUAUACGUUGGUGAUGUACAUUACAAAGAGAUACCAGAUCCUGGAGUCCUGCCACCCAAGUCAUUGGAUUUACUUGUCAAUUCCAUCUCAAUUAACAGCGCCUAUACCACAAAGAUACUGCCCCCAGAUAAGGAAGGCGGUCUGCCGAAGCAGGUGGGCAACAAGACAGAGUGUGGCCUGCUGGGACUAGUUUUGGACCUGAAGCGGGAUUACCAGCCAAUAAGAAACCAGAUCCCAGAGGAGAAGCUUUACAAAGUCUAUACCUUCAACUCUGUCAGGAAGUCGAUGAGCACUGUCAUAAAGCUGCCUGACGGUAGCUUCCGGAUGUACAGCAAGGGAGCCUCUGAGAUUGUACUCAAAAAAUGCAGCCAUAUCCAAAACGAGGUGGGUGAGCCAAGGGUUUUCCGUCCACGAGACAAGGAUGAGAUGGUGAAGAAAGUGAUUGAGCCCAUGGCGUGUGAUGGCUUGAGGACCAUCUGUGUGGCGUAUCGUGACUUUUCCAGCAAUCCUGAGCCCAACUGGGAUGAUGAGAACAACAUCCUGAAUGACCUCACAGCCAUCUGUGUUGUCGGAAUAGAGGAUCCCGUCAGGCCAGAGGUCCCUGAUGCCAUUCAGAAGUGCCAGCGUGCAGGCAUCACAGUGCGUAUGGUGACAGGAGACAAUAUAAACACAGCCCGAGCCAUAGCCAUCAAGUGUGGUAUCAUCCACCCAGGAGAGGACUUCCUGUGCAUCGAUGGCAAAGAGUUCAACAGGAGGAUCCGCAAUGAGAAAGGAGAGGUGGAACAGGAGCGUAUCGAUAAAGUUUGGCCUAAACUCCGAGUACUGGCUAGAUCAUCCCCAACCGACAAACACACACUCGUCAAAGGCAUUAUUGACAGCACUAUGGCAGACCAGAGGCAGGUGGUGGCUGUGACUGGAGAUGGGACCAAUGAUGGGCCUGCUCUAAAGAAAGCUGACGUUGGAUUUGCCAUGGGUAUUGCUGGUACAGAUGUGGCCAAGGAAGCAUCAGAUAUCAUUCUCACCGACGACAACUUCAGCAGCAUCGUGAAAGCAGUUAUGUGGGGCCGAAAUGUCUACGACAGCAUCUCCAAGUUUCUUCAGUUCCAGCUUACUGUCAAUGUUGUAGCUGUCAUUGUGGCUUUCACUGGUGCCUGCAUCACACAGGACUCUCCUUUGAAAGCAGUGCAGAUGUUGUGGGUGAACCUUAUCAUGGAUACUUUUGCAUCCCUGGCUCUGGCGACAGAGCCUCCCACGGAGUCUCUGCUUAAGAGGAAGCCAUACGGUCGCAAUAAGCCUCUCAUCUCCAGCACCAUGACAAAGAACAUCUUAGGACAUGGAGUCUAUCAGCUCAUUAUCAUCUUCACACUGCUCUUUGUUGGUGAGCAGAUCUUUGACAUCGACAGUGGCCGCAAUGCUCCUCUCCACUCUCCACCCUCUGAGCACUACACCAUCAUCUUUAACACCUUUGUCAUGAUGCAGCUGUUUAAUGAGAUAAAUGCCCGCAAAAUCCACGGAGAGAGGAAUGUUUUUGACGGUAUCUUCAGGAACCCCAUUUUCUGCUCGAUUGUUUUUGGCACGUUUGCUGUGCAGAUCGUGAUUGUGCAGUUUGGAGGGAAGCCAUUCAGCUGUCAACCUCUAGACUUGGAAAAGUGGAUGUGGUGUGUUUUCCUCGGGCUGGGGGAGCUUGUGUGGGGACAGGUGAUAGCCACCAUACCCAAUAGCAGACUGCGCUUCCUGCGGCGGGCAGGGCAGUUAACUCAGAAAGAUGAGCUGCCAGAGGAGGAUGUUAAUGAAGAAAAUGAGGAGAUCGACCACGCAGAGAGGGAGCUGAGGAGAGGACAGAUCCUCUGGUUCAGAGGACUCAACCGCAUUCAGACUCAGAUCCGAGUUGUGAAUGCAUUCCGUAGCUCCCUGUAUGAAGGCCUGGAAAAACCAGACUCCAGAACAUCCAUCCACAACUUCAUGACACACCCUGAGUUUAGGAUAGAAGACUCCACGCCCAACAUCCCCCUUAUUGAUGACACGGACGAUGAUUCUGCUCGUAGAAGGAUGAAGUACUCAAGCCAGCCCUCGUCCCCUAACAAGAACAACAACGCUAUUGACAGUGGCAUUAAUCUCACUAUCGAUACCAGUAAAUCAGCUGCGUCCUCCAGCCCUGCCAGUCCUCUGCACAGCUUGGAGACAAGCCUCUAACCCUGAUCCUAAACUCAGCUCUAACCUCUAAUGUUGUUUCCUCACAUUGUCGGGACACCUCCUCCAAUUCCUCCAGACCUUUAACUGUAACCAUACAAGUCUUCACCCCCAAAUUUUCACCCAAUUCUCAACUUCGAGCUCCCCCAAACCGCUACCUACCGGCAACACAGUCCUGGGGGGAAAAUGUCCACCAUUUUCCCUUAGCCUAGAGCCCUUGAAGCGCUCUGCUCCUUUCAAAGCAGAGAAAAUCUAAGUAAUAUGUCAAGGUGAAAAGAAAAAACAAACUAGCAUACAAUCAAAAAAGCGCAACAAAGCCACAAAACCUACACAGCCAUCCUGCUUUUGUGGUUGUAUGAGUACAGCGGCAGUCACGGUGGUGUGUACGACAAUACACUUGUACUGGUUAGCAUGUACUGUAUAAGCGUGGGUCUGACUGCGCAUAUGUACGAAUGGUGUCUUUAGCGGCACUGGGAGGAGGACGAUGAGGAGGGAGACUGCUGAGGAGUAAAAAUCACACAAGAGGACAGACUUUAAACUCUGCUCACUCUUCCUCUCCUCAACGAAAAACAUUGUUAAUACUGAUAAUAGUUUAAAUUAAAUUGAAAAAUAUUGUUAUUAUUCUAAUUCUGAUUCUGAUUAUUAUUGUUCUUAUUAUUGUUGCUCCUGCAUGAAUGUACAUUACCCAGGUUUUAUUUAAAAGGCUUUUAAUUUUAUUGGAGUUCUUUGGUUCUGAUGGGCUAGGCCUCACUGUGGACUGCGAUUUUAAAGACAGCAUCUCUGAGUUUCUGGCCUGCAAAGUCCCCUCUUCUGUGUGGCAUGAACAUGUACCCAACUGUACAAAUUUAUUUCAUCCAUAAACGGAAAUGUGUAUCGAGGUGGUAGGGCUCAACUUGCACAACAGUUUUGCACCUGUCCGUAAAGAGGAAUGCAAAAUAAUAAUAAUGAUGAUAGCAUUUAUGGGAUAUAUUCUAUAAAUUUAAAUACAUAUAAAUAUAUUUAGAGAGAGUUUAUCUUUGUUUGUUGGCAUGUUGCCUUGUUCCUGCUUCAAUGGCUCCAAUACCUUUGACUUAUUUAUGUCUUAAAGAGAAUGUAAUUUGUUUACAACCUCGUAGAGAUAAACUUCCUGGUUUCUAGAAGGAGGAAGGCGAAGUCGAAGCUCAGAUGGACCAGAGCUGUUUCGGUGUGUUAUUACUGAAAAACCCUGUGCUGGAAUUUGCCUGCUGUCUUGUCAAAUAAUGUAGAUAUUUUUAGAGGUUUAACAACAAAAAGAAACCAAAAUAUAAUGGGAUACAUAGUAAUUGUGGAAUCUUAGUAUUACUCUAUAUGAUUGUUGGGAUCAAGUUGGAGUGGCUUGCCUUUGGUUUUUUUCUAAACAGAGGCCUCCUUUUUGUGACAGAGGGGGAUAUUUUAUUCUUUUUAUCCACUGCUUCUUCUCUUUUGUUAAGAUUAUGUCUUAUUUUUCUCUGUGCUUCAGCACUGGCCUGGGGUCAGGGCUCGAGUCAAAGGCUGAUAUCAGGACCUUUAUAGCGAACUCUUCUAGAUAAACCUGCUUCUUCAAAGGACUUGAGGUUUUUAAAAAAAACAACAAAAACAAAUCUAUGACCAUCAAAAGGCUGCAGCUGAGUCAUAUUAGAAAUUUGCAGUUAUAUUUGGCUUCUCUGUACCGCUCGGAAAUCAAAACGUUUCGGUUGAAAACAUGGAAUAUUUUUUGCGUUGUGUCUAUUUUUUAUUUAACCUAUUGGUUUAUUUUUGAUUAAAGGAGUUUCUUUUCCUCUAGCAGAGACACAUGCAGCCACACAAAGCUGCAGACAUUUUUAACAUCUAAGAAAACAGAAAAACUGAAAAAAAAAAGAAGAAAUGAGAACAAAAAUGGAAUGUUGCUUUGACUCUUUUUCUAUAUAUAUAUAUAUAUAUAUAUGAGAGAAAAAAGAUUUUCUGCACUAUCUGGUUAUGAAUGAAAACUUCUGUGGUGUAAUUCUAGAUGUGCUUUUGUGUGUUUUAACCAAGCUUGUCUUCCUGCCGUCACAGAAUAUACAGUACUCUAGCAUCUCAACUGUACUCACUAGUUGUAAACUAUUUAUUGUGCUUUGACCAAUCAGACAUUACCAGACAGAUGUUACAUACAGAAGGCACAUUUACCCAGUCUUAUUGCACUCCGAAGGACAAGGCCACUUAACUAGCCUGUACUAUUGUAUUUCUAUUACUAAUCGAAAUCACUGGCAAGCAUGACGUGAUAGGCUCAUUAUGCAACUUGAAAAGAAAAAAACCCUCCAGAUUUUUCUAAAAACAAAAAUUCUAUAAGCUAGUAAAGUAUAUACAAUCAUUUAUCCAACAAGUUCUAUCUCUCUUCUUUUUUAUAUCCUCCUCCUCUGUCAUUUCCCAGCCAAUCUGUCCAUCUGGAGAGGGUGCACAAGCUUUACCAGUCAGCUCAGGCGUGUUGAAAACGUAACAUGGACCAUCUGAAUAAAAAAAUCUGUCUUAUUUAAGUUGGAGAAAGAAAAAAACCCAGUUUGGGUUCUAAUAUUUUGCUCGAAAGCUGUUGAUUUCUUUUGUUUUCUUUCCAUUGUUUUAACUUGACAAUUUAUUUGUUUCUCUGUAAAAACUGUAAAACAAUAAACAAAACAAAUACAAAACAAUAGCAUUUUCAAUAAUAAUAAUAAUAAUAUUAAAAAAAAGACUUGAGCCAACAUUCUCAAACCACUUUUACAUCCGGGAGGACAUUCAGCUUUAAGGGGAUGCAAAGAAACUGAGUUUAAAAAAUAAUCUUUGUAAAUACAGCGAUGAGUCCAUCGAGGACAGGAACUCCACUGGUGUGGACACAGGAGCUCCUCCUGACUACAUCUACCAUCAUGCACCACAAUGAGUCAUACUGCCGAUGCAGCCGUUUGGCUGUAUGUGAUCAAUCACUGCUCCUGUCAGAAAACACCGUGAUUACAUCCCAAUCAUAACACGUGCUGUAGGAACCAAUAAUAACUUUGACGAUGACACUGAUAAUGAUAACGAUGAUGAUGAUAACAAUGAUACUUUUUGCAAUAUACUCUCACCUGCCUCGAUGUACUGUAUUUAGCAGCAUGCAGUUUGUGGAACAAAGAAAAAGAGAAAUGCCAACAAAUAACUUUUUUGGCAUAUAGCCAUUUAUGGGUAAGUGAUUUAAGUGUUCAUCUUGUUUUUAUGAUAUUUUUUUUUAUCUAUACAAUAAUUGUAAAUAAAGAACUCAAUGUCUUUGUUCAUUUAAUACUAUGCAAAAAGUCAUGCUUUUCUGAUUGUUACCCACCCUUAUUCCUAGAGUGUGUUGCUGGAAUGUUUGUGGUCUCAAAAGUCAGUAAAAACAAUGUGAUGUAAAUUAUUUUCUAGCUUGAGGAAAAAGUUCAAUAAUGAUGAUGAUGAUGAAAUUAUUAUUAUGAUACCAUUAGGAGAAUGAUAAUAAUGGUGGUGAUAGUGAUGAUGAUGAUAAUGAUGAUGAUGAUGAUGAUGAUGAACUGUGACUCUUGCUGCUUGACUGUCCCAUUUACUACACUCCUGACAGCGCAAGUGAACAACAUAAUAAACAAAAAAAAGAACAAAAAAAAAAAAGGAAAAAUCACUAAAUAAAUCUCCCAGAGCAGCAUGACCCAGCAUGGUGUGUCCUGGCCCCAUCUAA